CGUGAGGAUUAGAGGUCAUGUAAAAUUAGGCAAAAUAGAGGCAAAGGUUAUUCAUAGUGUUAGGAGCAUUUCAUCGUUUUAACAGCAAUCCAAUAAUAAAAAUCGGCUGUAGAGGGCGCGAGUGGGUCUGGGAACCUUUCUCUCGAGGCUCUUUUGCGAGAGGGACCGGAAAAGGAGUGGGGUCCUUUGCCGUGAUGUGGGGAAGCCGAAAGUUGAGCGCCUGCGGGGGCCGUUUUUCAGGCGUCCUCGGGUCUGGAUGUCGGGCGCGCCGGGCCGAGCGUCCUCGCGUAGCGUCGCGGGCGGUUUAUUCAGAUAGCCAGCUCAUUUGGACUUUACAGAAUAAACCAUGGGUUUUCAACGAAUGUGGAACCGUGUAUUUCAAAUCCUGUAGGAUGACAUUUUCCUCUUUGAAUAGAAUUAAAAGUUACUGCCCUCCUUGGACAAGACUAUACAGUACUUCGCGCACCACGGUUGACAGCAGUGAAGUAAAAACCUUCCUGGCCCUGGCUCACAAGUGGUGGGAUGAGGAGGGAGUAUAUGCGCCUCUUCAUUCUAUGAAUGACCUGAGGGUGCCAUUUAUUAGAGACAAUCUUUUGAAAACAGUUGCUGAUCACCAUCCUGGAAAACCUUUGUCUGGGAUGAAGAUUCUUGAUGUUGGCUGUGGUGGUGGAUUGUUAACUGAACCUCUAGGGCGUCUAGGGGCUUCAGUUUUUGGAAUUGAUCCUGUGGAUGAAAACAUUAAAACCGCACAGCACCAUAAAGCGUUUGACCCAGUCCUAGAUAAGAGGAUACAGUAUAGAGUGUGUUCCCUGGAAGAGAUUGUGGAGGAGACCGAAGAAACUUUUGAUGCUGUUGUGGCUUCUGAAGUUGUAGAACACGUGGCCGAUUUAGAAACAUUUAUACAGUGCUGCUGUCAAGUGUUAAAACCUGGUGGUUCUUUAUUCAUCACUACAAUCAACAAAACACAACUGUCCUAUGCCUUGGGGAUUGUGUUUUCAGAGCAGAUUGCAGGGAUAGUGCCAAAAGGUACUCACACAUGGGACAAGUUCAUUUCACCUGAAAAGCUAGAGAGCAUUCUGGAAUCAAAUGGUCUGUCAGUUCAAACUGUGGCAGGAAUGCUCUACAACCCCUUCUCAGGUUGCUGGCAUUGGACUGAAAAUACCAGCCUGAACUACGCAGCCCAUGCUGUGAAGUCCGUGGCACCAGAUCAUGUGGGGCCUGCUGAGCUUGUUUCUAAAGAGGGAGCAGAAGCACCUCAAGCUGAGGCUUCCACCGUCCCAGGUGUGCAUGAAGAACUCAGGAAAUGAAUUGUUUCUGAAGCCUGCAGUAAUAUGGCUUGAAACGCUGAUGCUUAUAGUUUUUAAAAAUAUAUAAUUUAUCCUUUGAGAAAGAAUCAUAAAGAAAAGGUUAAUAAAAAAGUUAAAUCCUUGGGCAA